AUGCGGACUACAUCUACACCAAGCUUACGCAUAAGCGUGUAUGGAAUGAGCCACUACGAGGACGAUAUUUACUUUGAAACGGUGAUGGUUGAGAUGGGUGAUGCUGACGGUAUGGUGUCGGGUGCCUGCCACACCACUGCGAAUACUAUCCGCCCUGCGCUGCAGCUUAUCAAAACGAUGCCGAACCGUCCCAUUGUAUCAAGCAUCUUGUUCAUGUGUCUUGAAGAUGGCGUGCGAAUCUACGGCGAUUGCGCCGUCAACACGGACCCGAACGCACAGGACCUUGCACAGAUUGCCGUGACGAGCGCUGAAAGCGCAGAUGCAUUUGGUCUGAUUCCAAAGGUGGCACUGCUGUCGUACGCGACAGGUGACUCGAACUCUGGCCCAGACAAGGUACGUAAGGCGACAGAAGUUGCCAAGUCCAGACCUGGACAUCUACGGUCCAAUUCAGUACGAUGCUGCUGUGGACGAGUCAAUUGCAAAGACGAAGCUGAAGGCGAUUCUUAG